CUUUCUCCCACAAGCUCUUGAACGUCGCACGAUGCGACAAAGCUGAUCUUUGUUUUCGUUCUGGGGCUCAGGCAACAUGGCUGCCACUUCGUCCCGUCCCUUUGAGUACCUGGAGGGCCUGCCUGGUACGGUCUUUUACAAGCUAUACCAGCAGCCGUCAACUGCGCUCGCCAUCUUCAGGCGUAUGCUGCCUGAUUUAGCAAAAUGUUUUGUGAUGGCCCUUCUUUAUCUCAAGGAUCCUCUUCCCGCCGCGGAUUUGGAGAUCUGGGUGAAGCCAGAGAGCAAAAAAGAACGAGAUAAUGCACUGUCGAUAUUGGGAAGGUUACAUAUUCUGUCAAACACGACGAUGGCGGACAACGUGCGAGCGUACAUGGUCACCAACCCUUUUGCCUCCUCCCUCCGACAGGCACUCACUGGGGCCGGCGAGACACAGUCGUUUGGAGAAAUUUCGCAGGCGGACGAAGAUCGCCCUGUGAGCGUUGCUGCGCUCGAUGAAUAUGCCAGAAGACAGUGGGAAAGUGUGCUGGGAUAUAUGGUCGGGACCAGUGGUCUAGGGGAGCAGCAGAACCCAGUGAAUCUGAGCAAAGGAGUGAAACAACUUCUACAAGCUGGACACUUGGUCGAGAUCCGAGACCGACGGGUGGAAAUCACACAGGACGGCUUUGCGUUCGUACUACAAGAUGUCAACCGUCAAGUGUGGCACAUUGUGAUCCUCUACGUGGAAAGCGCCGAGGCAAUCGGCAUGGACAGCGUCGAAGUCCUGUCCUUUCUAUUUCUUCUUAGCAGCCUUGAACUGGGCCAGUCAUAUGAGAAAAGAAAUCUCACUUCCAACCAACUGCGAACGUUAACAGACCUGGCCGAUUUUGGCAUUGUAUAUCAAGAAUCUCCCGACGCCACACGCUUCUAUCCUACCCGACUAGCGACAACUCUGACUUCCGAUUCGAGCGCACUCAACAACCCUAUCUCAGGCGCUAUUGCCGGGCCUCCGGGGACAGGUGCCGGCAAGGAAGGCUCGGGUUUCAUUAUUAUCGAAACAAACUACCGAUUGUACGCCUACACGUCGUCGCCGCUCCAGAUUUCGCUUAUCGCACUCUUCACCACGCUCAAAUACCGUUUUCCGAACCUCAUCACCGGGAAAAUCACCCGCCAGUCUGUCCGUCGUGCCAUCGAAAUGGGCAUCACAGCAGACCAGAUCAUCUCCUAUCUAUCCAACCAUGCGCACCCUCAGAUGCGCAAGCACAACAUUUUGCGGUCCACCUCGAACAAGGCCGGGAUGCCUCCUACCAUCCUGCCCCCAACCGUCGUGGAUCAGAUUCGUCUGUGGCAGCUGGAACGGGAUCGCGUCAAAGCUACCCCUGGCUUCCUUUUCAAGGACUUUGUCAGUCUCGCGGAGUAUGAAGCCCCCUGCCGGUAUGCAGAGGAGAUCGGCGUGCUCGUCUGGAAAUCAGAUCGAAAACGUAUGUUCUUCGUGACGAGGCAUGAACAGGUGGCAGCUUUUCUAAGGAGCAGGGCUAAUCGUCCCAUGCAAUGAUUCUGGACCCUUUAUCUUGGCACGGGUGGCUUGGUUUAUAUGGUUUGGGAGUCUAUAGAUGAUAGAUGGGUCAUUCUUGCAUAUAUUGCGAUGGAACCGGCGCUUUUUGAUUUAAACAUGCAUAACAGUCUGCAUGUCUCAGGUAUACCUUAUUCAUUAAUGAAUCCUUAUCAUGUCA